AUGGCGAACGUCUUUUGGUUUCAACCUACCACAACCUGCGACAGCAGAAGUGCAACAACCUGCGACAGCAGAACCUCGACUGCAACAACCUGUGACAGCAGAACCUCGCUCUUAACACCCUACCACAACAAUGAGGAGUUCAGGAUUCUGAUGGUGGGGAAGACGGGAGUUGGGAAGAGCGCCACAGGAAACAGCAUUCUGGGAAAACAGAUCUUUAAAUCAGAGUUCUCCUCUAAUUCUUUGACUAAAGUCUGUAAAAAGGCCUUUGGUGAAGUGGACGGGCAAAAGGUUUCUGUUAUUGACACUCCGGGUCUGUUUGACACCAGCACUAAUGAAAGCAAAACCUGUGAAGAAAUAGUCCGGUGCAUGUAUUAUGCUGCUCCUGGACCACAUGUCUUCCUGGUCGUCAUCAAACUGGGCAGAUACACAGAGGAAGAAAUGAAAACAGUGCUGAAGAUUCAGAAACUGUUUGGAGAGGGAGCAGACAAAUACAGCAUGGUUCUCUUUACCCACGGUGAUCUGCUCAAAGGGAAACCUAUUGAGGAGUUCUUGAAGGAAAGCGAAGAGUUGAAGGAACUUGUGGACAAAUGUAACGGCCACUACCACGUCUUCAAUAAUGAGGAGAAGGAUCAGUCGCAGGUCAGAGAGCUGCUCUACAAGAUCAGAUACAUAUUGGCGGAGAACGGAGGAAGCCAUUACACCACUGAAAUGUUCCAGAAGGCAGAGGAGGCGGUUGAAAAGGAAAAACAACGAAUCCUUAAAAAGAGAGAAGAGCAAAUGCGCAAACAGGUGGAGAUGCUGGCGAAAAAACUAGAGGAAAAGUUUGAGCAACAAAUGAGGGAAGUGAAGGAUAACAUGGAGAAGGAGAAUAAGUUAAGGGAAUCUCGUGAAAGAGAAUAUAAAGAGGAAAUUGAAAAACUGAAGAAGGAGCAGGAAAUUCGGGCAAGACGAGAUGCUGAGAAAAGCAGUCCAUUGCUCGAAAUAUUAGUUGAGAUCAUUAAAAAUGUAGUCCAACAGUACUUCAAAUGAAGUUUUAGCUCUUGUGAUGCCCGACUGCAGCAGCCUUAAUUUACUGUAGUGAUUUAUUAAUAUUCACAUUCCAGUUUUUGGUUGUUCUUAUUGGGCCUGAUUUGUAACUUUUAGUUUGGGUUCAAUUGUGUCAAAUGUCUUUUCAAAACUUCUGACCUAUCGUUUAGGAGCUUGCUGUUGUGCUCCAGGACAUUUUACUCAAAGAAAGUUUGGAAAAUUGAUAAUUGAAAUGUCCCAUAUUUGACAAGAAAUGUAUUUGAAAGGUCUAGUGUGUGAUUUGGCUGCAUCUAGCCUUGAGGUUACAGAUGCCAACCAACUAAAACUUCACCAGGCCUCAAAAGGUUCUGGUCCUACCUUCAGAUAGCAGUGAACCAUCCAUGAAUAAAUUAACUGUGAUAGGUCCAAUUAUAAUAUAAAAUAUUUGGGAAUUAAAGACCCACUCAAUAAGCAUUUCAUUGAGAAAUUCUUAUUGAGAAAUUGCAGUUAUUUGGGAUUUUUUUUGCGUGAUAUUUGUUUUGAUGCAGACCUAUCGUUAAUGAGCUUGCUGUUGUGCUCCACGACAUUGUUUCACACAGAAAGUUUGGAAAAUGUAUCAUUGAAAUGUCCCAUAUUUGACAUGAAAAGUAUUUUAAAGGUCUAGUGUGCAAUUUGGCAACAUCUUACAGAUGUCAACCAACUGAGCAGGUAAAAGAAUGACUCUAUCUAGAGCCAGUGUUUAGUUUGUCCUUUCCAGGCUACAGUAGAAACAUGGCCGCCUGCUCCAUUUGUAGAUUUAAAUGAGUUAUUCUAAGGUGACGAAAACCCAAAUAUUCUUAUUUUCUGGUGACUACACACUAAAGAAAAAAUACUUAUUGAUAUAAUAUUCCAUUUCUUCCAAUUGAUACCUCUAAAUGCUGCACACUGGACCUUUAAUGGAGAUUAAUGUACUAAUUAAGAGAUUUGACUCCUUAUAUGUCAUCAUUGAAGAAUCUGGGAGUAGAGGUUUGAGGUAUUUACGUAUCUACUGUAAGAUACAUGGGGAGUGCCACAGGGAAGCGUCUUGGGUCCCUUUCAUCACUUUUUUUUAUGUGACAGUGACUUGGAUUUGCUUGUGCUUUAAUUAUAUUUUCAUACAGAUAUGAUUUAGGCUGAUCUUUAAUGCUCCAUUAUUUUCUGCAAUGAUUCAAACUCAUGAUUUUCAGAAAAUAUGCUCUAAAUGACCAUUUUCUUAUUUUGUACACACAUCUUUAAUGAGCAAUCAGUGUGUAAAUACAUUGAAUGGUGAAAAUAUGCUGACAUGUAAUCAAAAACAAGGUUUGAUUUAGUUAAAAGCUUAAGUAUAUAUAACUUAUAAAUCUAAAGUGAGUAACUGAGUAAAAUAGGAUUUUAUAGUCAAAAUCAAAACAGAAAACUUAUUUAAUUUGUACAACUUACCGCCAACACAAGUGCCUGAUCCUUAACAUUCUUUGGAACCAGGAAUUCACAUGAGUUACCUUUGUACAUACAUAAACAGCUGACUGCCACAAUUUGAUACAGGUCAUAAUAUGGUUUAUAGGUAAUUUGCCUGUCAAUCUUGUAAAGAGUAUGUUGCUCAGGUGAUAA